UUACAUAAUUUAUAACAUUGACAUUCUAGUGUACGUAUUCAUAAUAUCAUCCUUUCAUCCAUUUUCCUCGUGCUUCUCUGCAACAGAAAUACCAAAAAAAAAAAACAAGAAUUUUUAAAAAAAUGUACUUCCCGACCAUAAAACCACCAUAUAUAUUUGCCGUCUUCUCCUUCUUAUUCUUCUCCGUCUCCUUCUCCGAUCCAAGAACCACCGAGUCCGGCCUCUUCUGCGGCGGAGCAAACCGCUCCUCCGCCGAUCCCGGCUUCAUCCUCACCUUCAUCCAAGAAAUGCGAUCUCUGUCGCAGGAGUUAACGACGCGCCGUUUCGUCACCCACUCCGUGAACUCCACGUCGUUUCACCGAUCCAAAACGACAGCCAUUUACGCCCUGGCUCAGUGCCACGACGACCUAUCCAAGACCGAAUGCCUCCUCUGCUUCGCGCUUGCACGCACGCGCCUCCCUCGCUGCCUCCCCUCCGCCGCCGCUCGGAUCUUCCUCGACGGCUGCUUCCUCCGCUACGACGACUACAGAUUCUACGACGAAUCAGUCUCCGCCACGUCAGACAACUACCUCUGCAGCAACGACACCGUUUUGGUUGAUCCCCUCCAGUACAGCGAUCACGUGAACCGCGCGAUGGGAAACGCCGUUAGAACCGCGGUUGGAAACGGGGGGUUUGGAAUCGCCGAGGAACGUGGAGCGCACGCGCUCGCGCAGUGCUGGGAGAGCGUGGGAAAAGAAGGAUGUAGAGUUUGCUUGGAGAAAGCUGUAGGGGAAGUGAAACGGUGCGUUUCGAGGAGAGAAGGACGAGGUAUGAACACUGGGUGUUACAUUAGGUAUUCUGAUCACAAGUUUUACAACGAUGGCCAUGGCGAAUCUCAUGGACCUAAAAGCCGAGUUAUUGUGGCUAUUGCUUUGGGAACGUUUGCACUCGUCACGGUCUUUCUCUUUGCAACGUAUGCUAUUCUUGCCAAGUUAUCAAACACUAAACAAGAGCGAAGAAAUCUCGGGCUAAUAUCGGCAAGAUUCAAUAACUCGAGAACAAAGUACAAGUACGAAACCCUAGAGAAGGCGACGGAUUACUUCAGCAGCAAGAGAAUACUAGGGCAAGGAGGAAACGGCACCGUUUUCCUGGGAACACUGGCGAGCGGGGAGAGCGUAGCAGUGAAGAGACUGGUGUUCAACACGAGGCAAUGGGUGGAGGAGUUCUUCAACGAAGUCAACCUCAUCAGUGGGAUCCACCACAAGAACCUCGUCAAGCUUCUCGGCUGCAGCAUCGAAGGGCCCGAGAGCCUCUUAGUCUACGAGUUCGUCCCUAACAAGAGCCUCGACCAGUUUCUUUUCGACGAUAAGAGAUCAAAGGUCUUGAACUGGAAACAGAGGCUAAACAUCAUAAAAGGGACAGCAGAGGGGUUGGCUUACCUACACGGUGGUUCUCCGGUGAGAAUCAUACACCGAGACAUCAAGACAAGCAAUGUUCUUCUCGACGAGCAACUCGAUCCCAAAAUCGCGGAUUUCGGAUUAGCUCGUUGUUUCGGCCAUGACAAAACCCAUCUCAGCACCGGCAUUGCUGGAACCCUGGGUUAUAUGGCACCGGAGUACGUUGUUCGUGGGCAGCUCACGGAGAAAGCAGACGUAUACAGCUUCGGAGUUCUUGUUCUCGAGAUCGCUUGCGGCACAAGAAACAGCGUCUUCGUGCCGGGACUUGGCUCUCUCCUACAAAGAGUGUGGAAGCUCUAUACACUAAACAGAUUGCAAGAAGCCCUACACCCAUGUCUGAAAGAUGAGUUGCUUCAGACGCAAGAAACACAGGCCGAGGCCUUUACCACCCUUCGAGUGGGGCUGUUAUGCACGCAAGCCUCGGCUACACUCAGACCUUCCAUGACAGAAGUCAUCCGAAUGUUAACGGAAAGAGAUUGCGGAAUUCCCAUCCCCAGCAGCCCUCCUUUCCUCAGGAUCAAUUCACUGGCUGAACCAGAGGGUUCCACCAGAUCUUAUAGCACCAACAGUACAACAUCUAACACAGGGAUUAGAAUGGAUCAACCACCUUCUUACACCUCUUCCGAAUCUUCGGGAACUCAGAGAAGUUAAAAGGGUGAUACUUUUUUUUUUUUUUGGGCCUCUGUAUGCAAAUCGUCGAAAACUCGAUGCUGCAGAGGAUUAUUCAUUUAAAGCGACAACAUCUUCAUCAAGAUACAAAACACCAGUAAUCAGGAAACCAUGUCCAAGCAUCUGAAAGUUCAGUGCACGCGUUCCAGCAGUUCUUGA